AUGCCCGAGAAGCAUGAAGCAGACGAACCCAAAAUCGAAGAGGCCAUAAAGGUGGAUGUCAAGUCUCUGCAGCAGAUUAGUUCCUCGGGUAGAGCAGCACGACGCAAGAGAGAAGAGAAUCAUGCUGAGAAGGCCUUCAGUGCAUUAGAUGCAGCGUUUGAAAAACACCUCAAAGAGGGAAACGAAGGUGCACAGCAAAGCAGGCCUGGACACUGA